AUGGCUCAGCAUGGAGGCGCAUCAGGUUUGGCGCGCGCGCAUCGUCCGCGGGCCCCCAUUAUGAGCAUCCCGGUGCCAUUGACAGCGCCAUUGGCCCCGUUGCGCCCACCCAUCAACAUCUCAUCGUCGACAUUGUCGACCUCGACGACGCAGCAGCAGCAGCAAGCCGCCGCGGCGGUCUCUUUAGUUCAACCCAGGCCGGAAAAUGAGCGGACAACGAACGAGUACGUGGAGACUCCGUUCCGUUCAGCGGAGAUGUGUCUGCCACCGGCGCCGCCGCACCCGCCCAGGAAUCAUCGGCUCGGCGGCCGGCUGCCCAUCCAUCCGACGCACCAUCAUCUGCCGCCGCCCGCACAGCCGCCUUCCCAUCGGACGACGAUUACGAAGCAACCAACGUUGGUCAGCAGAUCCGACGGCCUUCACCACCCGGUGUUGCCGCCGGUGUCUUCGUUCGUCAAGGAUCCCCUUGGCGGAGGCGGAGGAGGGUCCGUUGGAGGACAGUUGGAGCAAUUGGGCAGCAACGAGUGCCAGGUGCAACGUCGUGCAUCUAUCGUGUGUUCGGAGUGCGGGCGGUGCCGGUGCGACAGCUGCCAGCGUCCGCGACCGCUGCCGCAACGUUGGGUGUGCGGAGACGCAGGCUGUCUCUUAUCUGCGGACACUGUCAUCGAUUACGCUUCGUGCCUGUGCUGUGUCAAAGGAUUGUUUUACCAUUGUUCGGAGUCGUCGGAGGGAGGCUUGGAGAGUUGCGCGGACGAGCCGUGCGGCUGUCACGGCGACAAGCGGAUGGCCCGCUGGACCUGUCUUACCACCCUCUCGUGCGUUCUACCCUGCCUGCUCUUGUAUUGGCCUCUGCGCGGCGCCAAAAGACUUGUCGAGCACUGUUACGCGAGGCAUUCGCGCUCCGGCUGCCGGUGCAGCCACCGUCCCCACCCUCAUCCCCUCACCAUCACCACCACCACGCCCGAAAAGAGGCUGCUCUCUUCCAAUUCAGACUUUUAA